AUGUGGUCGGGUGAAAACCUAACUUCGGAUUUUUCCGUCUCGUCCUUCGGCCUGGCGGUGCCGCAGCUGGUCGAGGGUUCACAUCCGCAGCCGCAGCAGCAGGAGCUCGAGCCCCCUGGCAGCGACCACGACGUGAACUGCGGCAUGCUCGGCUUGUACCCCUCCUUCCUGCAGAGCUACCGCACGCACCUGUGCUACCUCAUGUGCCUCUGCGUGCUCGGCAUGACGCAGGGCUUCGUCGUCAACGGCCUGGUCUCCGUGGUGACGCCCACCAUCGAGAAGCGCUUCCAGCUGCUGGGCAUCGAAGUCGGGUGUGCGAGUUGCGACCCGCCCCUUGACAACGUGCUCUGGGGCAAACUGCAGAUGAUCCAGAGCAUGUUCAACGUGGCGUCGUGCAUCAUGACAACGCCCGUCAGCUACCACGGGGGCGUCGGCCACAAGCCGGUCAUAAUGGGCAUCGGCGCUCUAAUUGUGGCCACCGGCUCCAUGGUGUUCGCCUCCCCGCACUUCCUGGCGCCGCCGUACAUAUCGCUGGACAGCGGUUCCACCGACGUCUGCCCCCAGCGGGGCCUCGGAAAAUGCGCCGCCCUGGCACGGUCCGGCGCAACCAGCGCCAACUCCUUCAAGUACUUCUUCAUGGUGGGGCACGCGCUGCAUGGCGUCGGCUCGUCGCCAUUCUUCACCCUCGGCGUGGCUUACCUGGACCAAAACACGCCAUCGGCCAGCGCGUCUAUUUACAUGGGCAUCUUUUACGCCACGUCCGUCCUGGGUCCAGCCAUGGGUUUCAUCCUUGGCGGGUACUUCCUUUCGAAAUACACGGACAUAACCGCCGAUUCGUCGAAACUGAGCAUGGACCCUUCGAGUGCCAACUGGGUGGGCGCUUGGUGGCUCGGCUUCUUCUGCGCCUCCAUUGUCACCUUCCUCACUGCCUUUCCCAUCGCGAGCUUUCCAAGGGCGUUACCGAGUACGGCAAAAUAA